GACGUGUGUGUGUGUGAGCGAAGCACUCGUGAGUGUGAUUUGCUGCUCUACUCUGGGAUGCAGUUUGUGUCUCCCUCCCUCUUCCUCUGCUUUCUCUUCUCUCUUCCUUCGCUCACAGCUUCUCUCUCUCCAUCUUCCUCAACAACUCUACACUCCAGGCUGAAGAUGAUUUCUCCGAAAGCGUCCAGCCAAAGUAGCCCAUCUGCCUGCUUAUGGAUGGUCAAGAAGACCCACCACCCUUGGGCUUCUUUUCAGAGGACCUGCCCCAUCUAAAGCGGACUCUGGGCAAAGGGCAAGUACUGCAGACCUCAUCUUUCAGACCAAGAGCGCAGCAAGAGCAAAAGACCUUCACAGCUUAACAGCAAGAACAUCCGAGAUAUAUUUGAAGAUGGAGCAGGAGAUUUCUAAAGUGCAGAGGAAGAUGUCUGACCUGGAGUCAGUUCUUCAGCAGAAAGAUGUCGAGCUAAAAGCCUCAGAGACCCAGAGAACCAUCCUCGAACAGGACCUGGCCACUUACAUCACAGAGUGCAGUAGUCUGAAGCGCAGUCUGGAGCAGGCUCGUAUGGAGGUGUCACAGGAGGACGACAAGGCUUUGCAGCUGCUCCAUGAUAUCCGCGAGCAAAGCAACAAAUUGCAGGAGAUAAAAGAGCAGGAAUACCAUGCCCAGCUAGAAGAGAUGCGGGUGUCCAUUCGUCAGUUGGAGGAGAACCUCUCUGCCGCUCGCCGCCGCAGUGACCUGUAUGAGUCCGAGCUGAAGGAGUCACGCCAGACCAGCGAGGAGCUGAAGAGGAAGGCCGCAGAUUACCAGCAAAAGAUCCAGAAGGCCAAAGAGCAAGGCAAAGCUGAGAUGGAGGAGCUUCUUACUAAACUGCAGAAGACCAAUGAAGAGCAGCAGGCAAAGAUUGAGGAGCUUCAGGACAAGCUUGCCAAGGCAGUGAAAGCGAGCACCGAGGCCACAGAACUGCUGCAGAAUGUUCGUCUGGAUAAAGAGCGCCUUGAGCGAGAUCUGGAGCGACUGCAGACCAGAGAAGACUCCACUGACAGCCUUCGCAGACGUCUGCGAGAGACCGAGGAUGGUAGGAAGACCUUAGAGAACCAGGUAAAAAGGCUGGAGAUCGUGGAACGCAGGGAGACCAAACUGAAAGAGGACAUCCAGACCAAAUCACAGCAGAUUCAGCAGAUGGCUGACAAGAUCAUGGAACUGGAGGAGAACUUGCGUGACACUCAAGCUACAGCACAGCGCAUGGAGACUCAUCUGGAGCAGAAUGAAAAGCUGUAUGAGGAUAAGAUCAAGGUUUUGGAGAACCAGAUAAAGGCAGACAUGGCUGACAAAGAGCUCCUGGAAUCUAAGCAGAACACAUAUGAGGAAGAAUCUCGAGAGAAGGGAAAACUAAUCAGUGACCAGGCAGCGACAAUCAAUGCUAUGGAAUCAAAGAUGACUAGCUUGGAGCAGAGGAUUGCUGAGCUCUCUGAGGCAAACAAGCUGGCAGCCAACAGCAGUAUCUACACUCAGAAAAACAUGAAAGCCCAAGAAGAAAUGAUAUCUGAAUUGAGGCAGCAAAAGUUCUACCUUGAGUCUCAGGCAGGCAAACUGGAAGCCCAGAAUGCCAAGCUGGAAGAGCACUUAGAGAAGAUGAGUCAACAAGAACAAGCCAAUAAGAGUCGUGUACUAGAGCUGGAGGCCAGACUCAGAGAGAUUGGUCUGGAGCAUGAGGAGCAGAAGCUGGAGAUAAAGCGGCAGGUGUCGGAGCUGACGCUGUCGCUGCAGGAGAGGGAGUCACAGAUCAGCAGCCUGCAGGCAGCUCGCCAUGCCCUGGAGAGCCAGCUGCAGCAGGCCAAGACAGAGCUAGAGGAGACCACUGCAGAGGCCGAGGAGGAGAUUACCGUUCUUCGGGCCCACCGGGAUGAAAUCCAGCGAAAGUUUGACGCCCUGAGGGACAGCUGUGCGGUGAUCACGGACCUGGAGGAGCAGUUGACUCAGCUGACGCAGGAGAACGCCGAGCUGAACAGACAGAACUUCUACUUGUCCAAGCAGUUGGAUGAAGCCACUGAUGAGAACGAGGAGAGGCUGCAGCUCAGCCAGGAGGUCGACCGCCUCCGCAGGGAAGUGGCUGACAGAGAGAUGCACCUCAACAACCAGAAGCAGAACAUAGAAACCCUGAAGACAACGUGCACCAUGCUUGAGGAACAGGUGCUGGAGCUGGAGACUCUGAAUGAUGAGCUACUGGAGAAGGAGCGUCAGUGGGAGAGCUGGAGGAGCGCUCUGGAGGAGGAGAAGAACCAGGCUGAGCGCAGAGCCAGAGAAAUACAGAGACAGCUGGACAACGAGAAACAGAACAGGCUGCGUGCUGAUCAGCGCAGUUCUGAAUCCCGUCAGGCUGUUGAGCUGGCGGUGAAGGAGCACAAGGCGGAGAUCCUGGUGCUGCAGCAGGCUUUGAAGGACCAGAAACUGAAGGCAGAAGGCCUCUCUGACACGCUGAGUGAUCUGGAGAAGAAGCACGCCAUGUUGGAGAUGAAUGCUCGCAGCCUGCAGCAGAAACUGGAGACUGAGCGGGAGCUCAAACAGAGGCUGGUGGAUGAGCAAGCAAAGUUGCAGCAGCAGUUGGACAUGCAGAAGAGCCAUAUCUUCAGACUGACACAGGGCUUGCAGGAUGCACUGGAUCAGACUGACUUACUGAAGACUGAGAGAACAGACCUGGAGUACCAGCUGGAAAACAUACAGGCGGUGUACUCUCAUGAAAAAGUGAAGAUGGAGGGCACCAUCACCCAGCAGACCAAGCUGAUAGACUUCCUGCAGGCCAAGGUAGACCACCCCUCUAAGAAGAAAAAGGGCAUCUUUGGUGGCAGGCGUCGCGAGGAUCUUUUGGCAGCACUGGCAGCCCAAGGCCAGACUCAGGUGCCCUCUGUGCCUGUCAUGACCCCUGUGCCCCUGCAGUACAGUGACAUGAAGGCAGCGCUAGACAAGGAGCGUGCCCGCUGCUCUGAACUGGAGGAGGCACUGCAAAAGACACGUAUGGAGCUCAGAGAGGCCAUGCAGUUUAAUAAAGCACUGGAGCAUGGUGGUACUCCUGCCACCCCAGGUCUGGCCCGGCAGCAGCUCAUGAUGUCCACCAAAUCCAACAAAUCCCCUGAGCACCAGCCCAACCCACCUAACCUGGCCUCCUCCAACUCCGGCCGCAGGAAGGAGACCUCCAACCCUGAGGAAAUAAGGAGAGCCACUUCUGAAAAGUAUGCACGACGUGUGAAGGAAAGGCUUCAUCACAGUACCCAUGGUACCCACAAUACCCCUCACCGCUUCACCCAGGGUCUGAACAUGAGGGCAGCCAAAUGCACCGUGUGUUUGGACAUUGUCCACUUCGGCCGGCAGGCCGCUACCUGUAUCGAAUGUCAUGCUUUGUGCCACCCAAAAUGCUCCCCAUACCUUCCAGCCACAUGCGGCGUGCCUACUGAGUAUGCCUUGCACCUAUCUGAGGCUCUGUGCAGGGAGAAGGGCAGUUCCUCAGGCCUGGCGCUUAAAGACUCCAGUGGACACAUGAGACUGGAGGGCUGGAUGAAGCAGUUUAGGAACGGAAAACGUGGGCAGGGCUGGGAGAGGAAGUAUGUGGUGCUGGAAGGGAACAAGAUUCUCACCUACGAGACAGAGCCCAGAGAAGAGUCAGUGAAGCCUGUGGAUGAGUUUGAUCUGUGUGUGACGGAUGGGGAGGUGGUCAUACACAGCUCCGUGGGCGGCUCUGAGCUGACCAACACAGCCAAGUCUGAUGUACCAUACGUGUUGAAGCUGGAGUCAGUACCCCAUGCAUCAUGCUGGCCGGCGCAGACUCUGUACCUCUUGAGCUCAGGCUUUCCGGAGAAGCAGCGCUGGGUGGCUGUGCUGGAGGCCAUUGUGGCCAGCGCCCGCGGAGCCCGCGAGAAAGCAGAAUCAGAUGCAAAGUUGCUGGGUAAUUCUCUGCUCAAGCUGGAGGGGGAUGACAGACUGGACAUCAACUGCACUCUCCCCCUCACUGACCAGAUCGUCUUGGUGGGUUCAGAGGAGGGUCUCUAUGCACUGAACGUCAUCAAGAAUUCACUGACUCACAUUCCAGGCCUGGGCUCUGUGUUCCAAAUCCACAUCAUCAAAGAGCAGGACAAGCUGUUGAUGAUAGUGGGGGACGAAAGGGCACUGUGUCUUGUGGAGAUCAAGAAAGUGAAACAAUCUCUAUCCCAGUCCCACCUCCCAACCCUGCCUGAAAUUGUGCCAUACAUCUUUGAGACUGUCAAGGGCUGUCACCUUUUUGCCGCAGGCAGGAUUGAAAAUAACUCGUGCAUUUGCGCAGCGAUGCCCAAUAAAGUCACAAUCCUGCGCUACAAUGAUAAUCUGAGCAAGUUCUGCAUUCGCAAGGAGAUUGAAACCCUGGAGCCAUGUAGCUGUAUUCACUUCACUAGCUACAGCAUCAUCAUCGGCACCAACAAGUUCUAUGAGAUCGAGAUGAAGCAAUAUGUGCUGGAGGAGUUCCUGGACAAGAAUGACGUGUCUCUGGCUUCAGCCAUGUUUACCACGUCCUCCUACAGCUUCCCCAUCGCCAUCAUGCAGGUGUCCAGCACCCCUCAGAAAGAGGAGUACCUGCUCUGCUUCCAUGAGUUUGGAGUGUUUGUGGAUGCCUACGGCCGCCGGAGCCGCUCAGAUGAACUCAAAUGGAGUCGUCUUCCUCUGACCUUUGCCUUCAGAGAGCCUUACCUGUUUGUGACCUUUUUCAACUCGCUUGAUGUUAUUGAGCUUCAGGGACAUGCUGCUCUCGGGCCUCCUGCACUUGCUCACCUGGACAUCCCUAACCCACGCUACCUGGGUCCAGCCAUCUCGUCAGGUGCCAUCUACCUGGCCUCCUCCUACCAGAACAAGCUGAGGGUGAUCUGCUGCAAGGGCCACCUGGUGCGAGAGUCCGGCGAGCUGCAGCGGACGGGCUCCAGCAGGAGCAGCCCGAACAAGCGUGGUCCACCAACGUACAACGAACACAUCUCAAAGCGGCUGGCCUCAGGGCCUGGGGCCCAAGAGGGCGGUCUGCACCGCGAGCCCAGCACGCCUCACCGUUACCGUGAAGGCCGCACUGAGUUCCGCAGGGACAAGUCUCCGGCCCGGCCGCUGGACAGGGAGAAGUCUCCGGGGCGCGCCGUGCUGGACAGCCGCAGGGAGAGGUCGCCGGGACGGGCAUUCGACGAGCGCGAGAGAGACAGGGAGCGCUCACGCCUGCACACUAGCUCAGUCCGCACCCAACUCACACCCGUCAACAAGGUGUGGGACCAGUCUUCAGUGUGAGAGCGCCCUGGACAGCUGGAGUAAGAGCCAUCGUCCACUCCCAGCACGGAUGGACAUGCCAUUUUACAGGCCCCUCUUUUAACACAGCUAUUUCAUCAUGCCAUUGCCUGUAAUGUGAGCAGAACCAUGUUGUAAUAUUUUCCUUAGCUGUUGUCCAAAUAUACUUGCACCUAGACAUUUUGCUCACAUAUUUACGUAUAAUGGUGGUUGAUGGUGAAGGCCCCUGAUUAGCGUAAGGCUGUAAACAAUACCUAAUAAUGAUGAAGCCCUUAACUAGUUAAAAAUGCAUAGCACCUCAUUACUGUAAAUAUAUUGAUUCCAACUUUUAUAUUAGUUUAAAGGUAUGAUAGGUGAAUGAUAUAGCCAGGUCUAUUUUUUAUGAAAAAAACAAAACGUGUUUAUAUAUAGUUAAAACAAUGGUUUCCUACAGAAAAGCUGUUUUCACUUUCUCAUGUCUGCUAUAAUGGUCAUCACAAUUAAGCUGGCUGCUUUUCCAAUAUUGUCUGUCAAAUCCUUUGUCUGACAAUUUUGUAAGAGCUAAACGACAGACAUAACCUAACUGCACACUGCAUAUAUUUAUGCUAAUAUAACUCUAAGCUUAUAGAACUUUUUUGAAAAAGAGACAGGUCAUGUUCUCGCUACAAGUGUCCUUGUGCUGUUACAGUAAUCGUAUAGCAUUUUGUUGAUACAGUAUAAACAGAUUAUUAGCUUUUACUGACACACUGUUGACUCCAAGAAGUCUACUGGGCUCUUCUGGAAAUUUUCGCUGCUUAGUGUACAGACGUCCUGUUAUGCUGUAUGGUGAAAUUAAUGUCCAGUAGCCCUCAGGGUUUGUAUAAGAACUAUUACUGCUUCCUUAUCGUGUGGGAUAACAAGCACAGCUACAGCCCUGCUCCCCCCUUUUUUUUGUAAUCACAAAUUUUAAGCAAAUACUUGAGUGUUCACAUCAUACGCAUGAGUACCUUCUUCCUCAGUUCUGGGAAGUCCUGUCAUGUAUCCAACUUGAUAUGGAUUGUUAUACAUAUUGAUGUUUUAAAACUAACAAAAAUGCUUUUCUUUUGUUUUUUGUAAACAUGUUGAAGUAAAUUAAACAUUCUAAAGUUGAA